CACAUACUUCCUCGUACACUGGUACCUUGCCAGAUCGUCGUCGGUUGGGAAAGCAGGUCGGCUGACUCACUUGAUCAAUUUUCACGCAUGUCUACUAAAACAUCAGGUCUCAAUAGUUGUGGUAGUACCAAUGAUAUUUCUGUCCGGGGCUCUGUUAUGGCUAUUCAAAAGAGCCCUUUCAGAUCCUCUUUGAGUAUUGGACCAGGCUACACCGCUUUACAGAACAAAGGUGCACCCCCCAAUACUUUGGCAAACAAUCUUCAACCAAUCAGUGGCUCCAAUAGUUAUAAUCUCUGCUCCGAAUUCGAUCGGAAUGUGGGUUGCCAGGACUCAUUAUCGCUCCUUGCCACGGCUAAACUUCAUGCAUCUUCGGACAAAUCCUCAUUGUCUGAUGAGGUGAAUUCCGUUUCACAGAGGUGCCUGGGUGUAGAUGAGGAAAUGCUAGUCAACUCACACCAACUGGCUUUCACUACAGCAAUUCAGCUUACGCGCCGGCUUAGGAAUGCCGGCUAUGCUUGCAUCAUCCUUGAGCAGGCAGGUUCGGUAAGCGAAUGA